CAGAAACAAAAGUGAAGAAAAAGCUAAGUUUGCGCUACCUUUUGUGCACACAACAGCAGAGAAAGUUAGCAAUGACUAGCUAGCAAAAAAAAAGCUAGCAGCUAAAGAGCUACAUGUCUUUCAAGAUGGUGACAGACCCAAACAGCUAAAAGGUGAAUGUACAUUCAUCACCAAUGACUGUAUACAGAGAUGUAUCUUAAGUCAGCCUUCAUUCUGACAGCUUCCAGGGGGCAACUUAUGUGAUUGUAAAAAGGAGCCAGAUUGUAUAAAAAUCUAUGAGAACAUGGCCCUACUUCUCCCCUGAUUUGUCACCUCAGUAAACAUUUUUGGCAUAUGUUCAUGGUCUCAAUUGCUACUUUCAAGAGUUUCAGAAUACUGCAUGGUUUACAUUUUAUAUAUCAUGUAAAGUAAAAUAAAAAAAAGAUGAUUAAAGCAGGGCAUGUGUUCUAUGAGUUCUCAGAUCACUUUGUUGUUAUGUCCAGUUUCAAAGAACCAUGAUAGCAACAGCAAGAUUUCAAACUCUGCUUUUAUUUUGUGAAUAUUAAUGGUUAAAAUACAUACUCAAAUGCUAAAAAAUGUUAAUAUUGCUCAACUUUAGCAAUCAUUUGUCCAAAGUAUAUAUUUUCAGCUAAAACAUCAGUGCUGACGGACAGCCAAAGUUUUAAACUGAGUUAGCCACAGUUUAAGGUGUCGUAAGUGUUAACAGGAUGCAUCACAACUGGAAUAUUUCAUACAAGGAGCUGAACUUAGAAACAUCAGAAAAUGUACAAAGGUUCAGGCCACUUUGCACUUGCAGUGGAAAAUGAUCUGUAGUUAUAUAAGUUUUAUUGGGAUCACAACUGGAAGAAUUCAGACAAGAAACUGAAAGUGCACUGAGCUGAUCAGUAUCAUGUUGUACAAUCUCCUUUUUCGUCAUUCAGCUGACUAGCAGCAGUCUGUCACAUUAAUGCAGGUGCAUGAGACAGCCUUGAUAACCUGACGCUUCGCGUUACGGCUGCUGAUGCCUUCAUGCUAGCACAGUUGCUUCAGUAGCUCCCCUCCAACCUCCUCCUAUGGCGUUGAAGUUUUUGGCAGUGUUCCCUUUAAUAAGAUCUUCUGUUUGUGUGUGUGUUUGUUGAAGGAGGAUCGGUUCCCCUAGCAGCACCUCGCAGCUGCUCAGAUUCUUCUGAGAGAUCCCUCAAAAAGGCUUAUCCACUAAAUCUAACUGUAUCAGCCUUUGCUAUAAAUGGUCAAUUCUUUAACUGGAGGGUCUCUGACUGACUGAACCAUGUUUCCAGUGAAGCAGAUUCUAAGUACUCUUUGAUAUAUGCCUAUUUAUUGCUCUUAAAACAAGUCAUCUGUAACCCUUUUCAACCUAUAAAACCACACUGGAAGUAACCACCAAAGGCAAACAGGUUGACUCCAUUAAAGCUUUUAAUAAACUAAAUAUGCGAGGAAUGUACAACUGCUUUUUUAAAACACCCUACCUACAGAGGUAAGAGGAUAUUACAUCAUCGCCUUUGUACCAACCUGUCAUAUCUCAACAUGCCAUCACGGCAAAAGUCAUGAUGCUUCAUGGCUCCACACCUAGCAUGAGUAAUCCACUGAGCAUGAACACUGCAGCUAGUGUUUGAAAUGCAGUGAAUCAGGUGUACAUGACGGUGUUUGCACUGUAAGAGACAGUCACUCCUAGCAACAGGAAAAGCACAUUUCAUGGUUAAACACGAUGGGUCUGUUUUGUGUUUUUGCAUCUCAUUCAUUUACAAAUCUCCUUUGUUUUUGUAAAAAUUUAAUGUGUCUGGAUGCACAACACAGCUGCAGUUUUGCAAAAUGCCCUCAAACACGUCAAAAAAAAAAGAAAAAAAGACGAGGGGGGGGAGUAAAGUCCCAACGCCACUGUAUUUGAAGGAUGAGGGAGUUCAGUGUGCCAUGCACGUCACAUCUUGACCUUACGUUUAUAAAUGGAAACCCACAGGAUAUUAGGCAUAUGGAGGGAAUGUUUAUGCAAUGACAGCCUAUCCCUGCCUCGGGUCCUGAGAGUCAUACCAGGGCAGAUCGCUGUUUACACAGCAAGAGCCAAUGAUGUUAAAGACCUGUCAUUCUAGGCCCGCCUCCCGCCUGCAACACUCUGGAUAGUGGCUGGAGAGAACUAUAAAGUCAUCUGACAAGCCAAGAGGGAGAAGCAGAGGAAAGUGAACCAUGAGAGGAAACCUUACUAGUGUGUCAUCCCAAAACAUGGCGUUUAGCGACUGCAUGAAACCCACCGAGCUGCCCGCAGACAAGAAGGGGAUAAACAGGAAAAACUGGAGAAACAGAAUACGAUUUCUCCUGAAGUCAAACUCUUCUCAGUCCAUACUGCAUCUGAUGAGAAACAGACUGUACAGGCCGAGUGCUGAUGACGUGAACCAAUGGGCGCAGUCACUUGACAGACUGCUCAGUCAUAAAUAUGGAAAAGCUGCCUUUUAUAUCUUCCUGAAGUCCGAGUUCUGCGAAGAGAACAUUGAGUUUUGGACAGCCUGUGAGGAUUUCAAGACACUCACGUCGCACAAAGAUCUGGUGUCAAAGGCCAACAACAUUUAUGAGGAGUUUAUUAAAAAUGAAGCUCCCAAAGAGAUAAACCUGGAUUACCACACCAAAAAUGCCAUCGUCCAGAACCUCCAUGAGCCCACUGAAACUAGCUUCCUGGCCGCUCAGAGGAAAGUGUACAGCCUGAUGGAGAAUAACUCAUACCCCAGAUUUAUCCACUCCGACCUCUACAGAGAACUGUGUGCAGCUGCCAGGGGAGAGGGCAAGCACAUUAAGUCCUAGUCAAACCAGACGCCCGCUCCUGAAGUCAUUUGUUUACUGCUGUGACUGUGAAUAGACUGCAGAUAAUGUUCAUUCCAGACACCGCCUCAGUAUAAUAGACCCAAAAGCAAAUUCAGAGCAUAAACAUCAGCAGAGGGUGUGGAAAAUGCAAAAAAUUUAAACUAUUUUUAGUCGAUCCUGCUGAGAGCUUUCAACAAGGAAGCUGGGAUGAUUGGGAUGGAUUGCUGUGUGGUGCUACUGGUGGUACAGAGACCACUGCUACCAGAUGGGAUUAUGGUUAGAUUUUCAUCACUGGAGCAUUACCUGCACUUUCUUUAUUACACUAUCAGUUUUUGAGCAGUGAUGCAAUUCAAGAAAAUGCUGUUAUAAAGCCACUGCAUUCAAAGCUUCGAGUCUGUGAAACUGUGCAUCAUUUGCCUCACAUUAAACCGACAGUGCUGUCAGAAUGUAUUUUCUGUGAUGAUAUCCACUUGAAGACUCUGGACUAGAGUCAUUCACACUUCCUAUGUAGCCCUAGCCUUUAUUUUCCUGCUGUGUGUGCAGCAGUUUUACACACAAAAGUGCAACUUUAAUUUAUUUAAUGACACCCACAGUUUCCACUGAUGGCUGCAUUUGGCCUGAAACUACUGUGACAAUGUUGUACACUGUAAACAUGUUGAUAUUGCUUGAUGUGUUUAAAUGUUAAUGUAAGCUUGGCGCAGCUGGACUGCUUUUGAAAUAAAAUGUAUUCUUCGAUGCUGAAA